AUGCAACAUUACUCCAGAUCCGACUUCCUGGACGCCGGGAGUUUGACUCGUUCGCGCAGUACCAGUCUUUCCAGCGACUCCCGAGUCAAUCUCAUGUCGCCGCCUACCGUUCGUCCUCCACCCGGUUUCAUCUCUUCCGCUGCCGCCUCCGAAAUCAUUACCUCCGAUCAAGAAUUUAAUGCCGCUGAUUUUGUCGCCGAGGAUGAGGACACUGGGGCCACGGCCACUGCCCUAGUGACCCCCGCGGCACUAUCUCUCUUGAAUGGUUUCCUCGAUAAUUUACUUUUUAAUGUUCUCGCCGCCUCUAAAUCUACACAACUAGCCUGCAUUCGCCCGAUUUUGGCGGAUGUCUUGAAACCUCGCCUCGCACAAGAAGUCGUGGCUACUGCAGAUGAAGAACUGGGCGAAUACAUGGGAGGUGAAGAUGACGAGGAGUCGGAUUUCCGAGGAGGUCAGGAGCCCGGUGGGGACUUUGAUCUCGUUCGCUCGUGGAAGUUGACUCGUCUGCGAUGCAUGGUCUACACCAGACUCGGUGAUAUGGAAGAGGAGGAUGAGGACGAAUUCAUCGCACAGGAGGGCCUCGGCGAAAGCGACGGUGCCCCCCGCAGAUUUUCUAGUCAUGUCGACAACAUCACCCCCGCAGCAGCAAUUUUCUUGACUUCCAUUAUUGAACACAUCGGCGAGCGCGCGCUUGUCAUUGCAGGCGAAACUGCACGAUCAAGGUUAUCCACGAAACUGAACGACACCGAAAGUCAAUUUUCAGACGAUAUGGAAGACCACCGCAAGCGAAUUGAGCGGUUGGUCGUGGAGGAUCUCGAUAUGGAGAAGCUCGCGCUGAACGCGACACUGGGUCGCCUAUGGCGCACCUGGAGAAAGCGCAGACGUGGAACCACUCUUUCGCGAACACUAUCUCGCGAGUCUUUCCGACGCCGUACUUUCUCGCACACUUUGGCCAACAGUCGCAAGAGCAGCAUUGUUACCAUUGAGGAGCCGGUCACCCCAACAGACCCUGCUUCUGAAGAACUCCCCGUGCCAAUUGAUCCCAUCGAAGUUCCUUUGCCCAUGGGUGAUCAUGACAUUGAGGAGAUUGAGGUGCCUGGGUACAACCCAGACAUGGAAGGCGAAGUGGCACAGACCAUGCAGGCGAUGGUCGCUCACAAGGUGCGACCGAGGAGUUUGAUGGUGGUACCAUCACCAUCGUUGGUGAGCAGGUCCGGCAACUCCCCUCUAAGCGCAUCAGCAGUGGAGAGUCCCCUGCUUCGCCACCUUCGCUCGAGAUCAUUGCCAAACCACAAAGACGAAGUUCCUCCAGCGGCGGCGCAGGCCGACCAAGACGAGGAGGCAGACGAACUCUCCCCAGAUCAGCCAUCACCCAAGUCCGGCAGAACUUCCCGGUCUUCCUCGAAGGAGAAGCAACUGGAGACCAUGUACGAGGAUGAUGAAUCGGCCGAGUUCGUGGAUGCGACAGAGACAGCCACGGGUAUCGCAGUCACCACAGAGUCCGAUGAGUUCAAGGAGUCAUCAGAAGAAUUUUCCGAGAAAGAGCACAUGUCUGUCGUGCAGGAGGAAGAAGAGGAGGCUGCACCGGCAGUUGGUGUAACGAUCGCAUCAUUGCGGUCGCGUCUGCACGAGGACGAGGAGGAGGGAACGGACCAGGCCGACAGCAACCGUGUUUCGGUCUCCUCGAUCGAUGGACCCACUCAGGAUCCGGAAGUUAUCGAAGGACAGGGGAUGUGCGAGAAGCCGAAACUGACGUCGACAAUUCACCGACCGAAGAGAAAGCCAAGUAGGGAUGUUUCCCAGUCUUAUGCAAAGCCGAUCAUUGCAGAAACUAGUGACUGUGAUCUUCCCGCUACCCAACCUACGCAAGGGGUGGAGCCCGCACUGGCACCCCCCGCCGACGCCACCAUCGAGGCUAUCAAGGCUCCUAGUGAUAUUCAUGCUGUCGAGGGCGAUCACAAUAAAUCAGACAUCGGUUCCGUGUCUGAGUUGGGCACAUUAAACGAAGCGGUCAUUUCUGAAAAAUCCUCCGAGAUUCCUUCAGAGCCUGUUAUCGUCACCGAGCCCUUCCCAUUUCCUGGUUCUGACCCUAGUGCCGUUGAAUUUGCCGCUGCUGAAGACUUGCCUAUUUCCGAGUCUGUUACCCCAGAAGCUGCUGCGUCACCAGACGUUUCUCGUGCGCCGUCAACUUCUGGAGAUAGUGAACGGUCUCAACAAUCACGCACCCGCCGCAGGCCCACUCCAUUGAUCGUGACUACUAGCAACCGUAGUUCCCCAACCCUCGAGCAACGAGCUGCUGUCCAACGUAUGUCUGGGCGUCCAUCAACAUCUAUCGCCUCGUCCGUCUUGACCAAGCCUCGCCGCUCAGAGAGCUUUAACAGUACUCGCGACAAGCGUCCGGUGACUGCUGGUUCCACAACAUCUCAGGUUUCAAACAAACUGAAGGGCCUGAUGAAUCGUCCCCCGGGCGAGUCCCCAUCCCUCCGACUCCGCAGCUCGUCUGAGACAAGUCGGGCGUCUGGCAGCGGAGAUUCGCUAGACAACGAUACCACCGACUUGGACAAGCUCAUCAACAGCGACGAGACUAUCCAUUUCACGUUAACCCCACGGAGUGUGAGGGAGAUGACAUUCCCGGACAUUCCUCGACCUGUUCCUCGCUCUGACACUACAAACACUACUGAUCUUGCCGAGUUUUUGAAGAACACCGGUCCACCAGGAGCCGAUCCUCGGGCCUCUAUUUCUUCCAAGGCCACUGGAGACCAGGCCAUUGGAAUCGCUAAGUCAGCUGACUCUCCCAAAUACAUCCCACUUUCUUCGCGGAUGAGCCUGUCUCCCACAACCGCUGCUGCUGCUGGACCACCCCGUGAGGUUCGCACCAGCAGUCCUACCGCCAACAAUUCAUCUGGUCCCACCAGUGCCCCAAGCCCUACCAUCGACUCCCCCAGAUCUGUUCGAACCCAGCCUAGCAUCUCGUCUAACCGGUCAAAUCCAAACCGUCCCAAGCUGCAGGCUCGCGCAGCAGAGACCCGAGGAUCGGAGACUUCUGAGCUGAUUGACUUCAUCCGCCAAGGGCCGCCGCAAUCCGGUGCUCGUAUCCCCCGUACUGUUGCGCCAUUCCGAAACACAAUCGACUCGGAUGACAUCCACAUCGAUUCUCAAAAUGGAUCCCUUGCCAGCGGAUCUAGCGUCAACAAGUCAUACACUUCGUUUGGCUCGCGGACUGGGCUUUUGGAUUCAAACCAGCGUCCCAGUGGAAAGGCCAAGGCAAGCCCAUCCACACUAAUGGCAGAACCGGCGGAGCCUCCUCGCCCCGCUCGCAAGCAACGACGUGUUCCGGACCCCUAUGCCAUUGAUGACGAUGAUGACGACGACUUGCUUGAGGAGUUACUCCAAGCCAAGCCGCCUCCACGCCAGGAGGAAAGUCUAAUCGACUUCCUGCGCAGCGAACCACCACCCGACUUCAAGCAAGCCCAACCCCAACCAUUGAGCGUGCGACCACCUGCGUCGUCAAGCUCGAAUGGGUCGGGCAGCAUGAAGUCUCGUCUGACAACAGGAAGGGUUCCUUCGUCAAAGAUGUCAGUCAGCUCUAUGCGCUCGCAGAACAACACACCAUCCAACUACUCCCUGAAAGUCGGCAUGGAGCGGAAUCCUGGCAUCAUGCCUUCCGCUACCAACCGCCAAACCGAGACCAGUGCUCUAGCGGACUUCCUCCGGAAUACCGGCCCGCCAGAGCCUGCUCCCCAGAGUUCCAUGAGCCCCAAGACUAAAGAAGGCGGAAUUUCCCGCUUCUUUACACGACGCAAGAAGUUCGAAGCUUAG